AAGUUUAUACUCUCAUGAAUACUUACGCCUACGAAACACUAAGGGUCGAGCUGAAAGGCAGCGCCGAUGCUCAUGUCUUACACGUAGCUCUCAACAGACCUGAUCGUAUCAACGCGUUCAACAUGCAAAUGUGGAAAGACAUCAAGGCCUGCUUUACACAAAUCAAUGAAGACGACCGAGUGCGAUGCGUCCUACUCACUGGAAAUGGUCCAAAAGGGUUAACCGCCGGUCUUGACUUGAAUGACCCCGAUCUGGCUUCCAAGUUCGCUGCCUUCCCCGACCCCAACGAUCCCGACUCACCAGACUUCCCUCGACUCGCUCUUAAGACCGGCAAUCUCAUCCUCUCCUUACAGGAUUGCCUCGCUUCUGUUCGUCGAUGCCGCGUUCCAGUCGUUGCUGUGGCCCACGGCAUCACCUAUGGAGCUGGUAUAGACCUACUCAGCCAAGUGGACAUACGCAUUGCCGCUCCAGAUGUGCGUUUCAGCAUCCGAGAAGUCCUUGUGGGCAUGGCUGCGGACGUUGGCACACUCCAGUUCUUUCCACUCAUCUGUGGUAACGACUCGAUCGUGAGAGAGCUUUGUUACACUGGACGUGACUUUGGUGCUGAGGAGGCCAAAGACCUUGGCUUCGUCUCGAAGGUUGAGCAGGAUGCCUUCUCCGCAGGCCUAAGGCUAUGCGAAGAUAUUGCUAGUAACUCACCAAUAGCAGUGGUCGGGACCAAGCACGUCCUUGAGUACGGUCGAGAGCUCCAAACGGCGAUGCAGUUGAAACACAAUGCUGUGUGGAAUCAGGCUAUGAUUCUGGCGGCUAGGGAUAUGACGACGAACAUCGCCCAUACGAUGUCGAGGAAGCCUGGGAAGCCGCGAUUCAGCAAGUUAUAGUU